AUUUGAACAGAAUAAGAGUGUUGUUGUUGUAGCCUAGUUAGGUUCUUCGUCACCGCCGGAAGCCUGGACCUCCGGUUGGAGUUGCCGGUUUCGUCUGUUUCCUGACGAUCUUGUGGAGGUGGUGAUGAUGGAGCGAUUCUAGAGGUUUGUCUGAUAGAAUCCAGAGAUGUCUCGCCACGCAGCUACUUCGCAUUUCCACAAAUCGAAGACGCUCGACAACAAAUAUAUGCUUGGAGAUGAGAUCGGGAAGGGAGCGCAUGCUCGCGUGUAUAAGGGCCUUGACUUGGAGAAUGGAGACUUCGUAGCCAUCAAGCAGGUUUCUCUGGAGAAUAUCGCUCAGGAGGAUCUCAACAUUAUCAUGCAAGAGAUUGAUCUACUAAAGAAUUUGAACCAUAAAAAUAUUGUGAAGUAUCUUGGAUCUUCGAAGACAAAGACUCACCUGCACAUAAUUCUUGAGUAUGUGGAAAAUGGCUCUCUUGCGAACAUUAUCAAGCCAAACAAAUUUGGACCUUUUCCAGAAUCACUAGUUGCUGUUUACAUUGCUCAGGUUUUAGAAGGCUUGGUUUAUCUACAUGAGCAAGGUGUAAUUCAUCGGGAUAUCAAGGGUGCAAAUAUACUGACAACCAAAGAGGGUCUUGUUAAGCUUGCUGAUUUUGGGGUUGCGACAAAGCUAACUGAGGCUGAUAUUAACACACAUUCUGCUGUUGUUGGAACACCCUAUUGGAUGGCCCCUGAGGUGAUUGAAAUGUCAGGAGUUUGUGCUGCAUCAGAUAUUUGGAGUGUUGGUUGCACUGUGAUAGAGCUUCUCACAUGUGUUCCUCCUUACUAUGAUCUCCAGCCAAUGCCGGCACUUUUUCGUAUUGUCCAGGAUGAGCGUCCACCAAUACCUGAUCACCUUUCUCCUGAAAUUACCGAUUUCCUGCGUCUGUGCUUUAAGAAGGAUGCUAGGCAGAGACCAGAUGCGAAGACAUUACUUCUGCAUCCGUGGAUACAGAACUCAAGACCUGCUUUGCAGCCCUCUCUUCGGCAGUCCAGUGAAACAAUCAGAAAUAUACAGGAAGGUAUUUCUAUGGCUGCAGAAAUUUCAAAUGGAGAUCAGAGGAACAGUGAAACUGCUCCUGGAGAGAAAAUGAAAAAAGAUGUCUCUGAAUUUAAAAAACUUCAGGAGGAUUCCACAAAAGAGUUGCUAGCAGUGGAUGCUUUUGGUAUGGCCAAGUCUCCUAAAGAUCGGAGUUCAAAGGGUGACCUUGUUCAUGAACAUGCUAAUCUAAGAGAUGAUGUUGUCUCAGAUGCAGAUCCCACCUUAGCUGUGUAUGACAGGUUCUCCACAAGAACUAGUCCUGGUAAGCUGCCAUCAAUGCAAGAAGAGGCUUCUACUAAUUCCACUAGUGCGGUGGAGCUAUCAAGUGUGGGUAAUCAGUAUGAAUCAGUAGUGAAUGGUGAGGUGGAAUAUCCACAGUCAAAAAGGAAAAACGUAAUAACUGGAGAAAAUGAGGGGAAAGGAAGUUCUGUGCUUGAGAAUGGUUUACAUAGCUUUGAAAAGAUUAGUCCUGGAAAGGCUGUGAAGACAUCGAUCGGUUCUGGAAGCAAUGAACUGAGUAGAUUUAGUGAUCCGCCAGGAGAUGCUUCCUUGGAUGAUUUGUUUCAACCAUUGGACAGAAACCAGGAGGACCGGGUAUCUGAAGCCUCAAAAUAUGCUUCUUCAUCACAUAUGAACCAAGGAACUUCACACGAUGUGGGAUCAAAUGACCUGGCAGCAAAACUCAAAGCUAGGAUGGCUCAGAAACGGUUGGAGAAUGGAACAGGGCAGGCAAAUGGUGGAAACCUGUUGCGCCUCAUGAUGGAUGUGAUUGGUAUUGACAGUUCGGUUUUUGAUGAAAAAUUGCCCGGGGAGAGCCUUUUUCCCUUACAGGCUGUUGAAUUUAGCAGAUUAGUUGGUUCACUGAGGCCAGAAGAGCCAGAAGAUGUGAUUGUCUCUGCCUGUCAAAAGCUUACUGCAUUUUUUCAUGAGCGCCCAGGGCAGAAAAUUGUCUAUGUUACACAACAUGGUUUGCUUCCUCUAAUGGAGCUACUUGAAGUUCCUAAAACUGGUAUUAUAUGUUCUGUGCUUCAAAUGAUAAAUCAGAUAAUCAAAGACAAUACUGAUUUCCUAGAGAAUGCUUGUCUUAUUGGCCUGAUACCUGUUGUGAUGAGCUUUGCGGCUCCUGAACGUCCUCGGGAAGUCCGUAUGCAGGCUGCAUAUUUCUUACAGCAGCUUUGUCAGUCAAGCUCCUUGACUUUGCAGAUGUUCAUUGCUUGCCGUGGAAUACCUGUUUUGGUGGGCUUUCUGGAGGCUGAUUAUGCAAAAUUCAGGGAAAUGGUUCAUCUAGCUAUCGAUUGCAUGUGGCAGGUCUUCAUGCUCCAGCAUUCAACACCCAGAAAUGAUUUCUGUCGCAUAGCUGCAAAGAAUGGUAUACUUAUUAGGCUUAUUAACACCCUUCACAGCUUGAAUGAGGCCACUAGGCUCGCCUCUGGUUCAAAUGGGAGUGGGUCUAUUCCUGCUGAUGGUUCAGCUCAACGACCACGAUCUGGUCCAUUGGAUUAUAAUCAUCCUGUUUCUGCACGUUGUGAAACGCCACCUCCUGGUGUUGAUCUACCUGAUAUGCUGAAGUUUAGGAAUGGAAUCACUGAUCAUCCUUCCUCAUCUGGAACAUUGGAACCAUCACGUGCUUCUGCUUCCCACUCCCAAAGAUCAGAUAUCAAUCGAUCUGAUAGCAGAUACUUUCCUGGAGACACUGAUAAACCUCAGUCAAGCCAUGCUGUAAUGGAAGCUUCAGUUGCAUCUUCAGAGCCAACAGGUUUAGAAAAUGUUGGGAACCUACCAACCAAGGAUUCUGCUUUGAAAGAUUUGGAACUCUUGGACCUACAAAAAUCUGAUCAUUCUCGGUUAGAAGCUGACCUUUCUAGACCACAGCGGGUCAGUAACUCUGCUAAUAGAAUAUCUAUUGAUAAGCCUUUAAAACAGGUGGAAAAUGUUUCAAAUGGGGUACCCACCACAUCAGGUAAUCUGCAAGAUCAGGUUCGGCCUCUUCUUAGCUUGUUGGAGAAGGAACCCCCAUCUAAACAUUUCUCUGGUCAGCUUGACUAUGUGCGCCACAUCUCUGGCUUGGGCCGGCAUGACAGUAUAAUGCCUCUGUUACAUGCAUCUUCGGAAAAGAAAACAAAUGGUGAACUAGAUUUCUUGAUGGCAGAAUUUGCAGAGGUUUCUGGACGUGGAAGAGAAAGCGGAAAUCUUGACCAUACUCCAAGAUUUUCACACAAAACAGUAACUAAGAAGGUUGGACCACCAACACCAAAUGAGGGUGCUGUCUCAACAUCUGGGAUUGCAUCUCAGACCGCAUCAGGUGUACUCUCUGGCUCAGGUGUCCUAAACGCUAGACCAGGAAGUACAACAUCUUCUGGCUUACUUUCUCACGUGGUAUCAACGUUGAACACCGAUGUGGCUAGGGAAUAUCUUGAGAAAGUUGCGGACUUGCUUCUUGAGUUUUCUCAAGCAGAUACAACUGUAAAAUCCUACAUGUGUAGCCAAAGUUUGCUCAGCCGUCUUUUCCAGAUGUUUAAUAGGAUAGAGCCUCCUAUUCUUUUGAAGUUAUUGAAGUGUAUAAACCAUUUGUCCACCGACGCAAACUGUUUAGAGAAUCUUCAGCGGGCAGAUGCAAUCAGACAUUUGAUUCCGAACCUUGAACUCCAAGAUGGGCUUCUUAUAUCUGAAAUACAUCAUGAAGUCCUUAGUGCACUGUUCAAUCUCUGCAAGAUAAACAAGAGGAGACAGGAGCAAGCUGCUGAAAGUGGAAUAAUUCCGCAUUUGAUGCGUUUCAUCAUAUCUGAUUCACCCUUGAAACAAUAUGCUCUACCUCUACUGUGCGAUAUGGCCCAUGCUUCGCGUAAUUCGAGGGAGCAAUUAAGGGCUCACGGUGGGUUGGAUGUGUACUUGAGUCUAUUGGAUGAUGAGGUAUGGUCAGUGACAGCACUGGAUUCUAUUGCGGUCUGCUUGGCACAUGACAAUGACCACAGAAAAGUAGAACAGGCUUUACUGAGGAAGGAAGCUGUCCACAAAUUAGUGAAGUUCUUCCAAGGCUGUCCGCAACAACACUUCGUGAACAUAUUGGAACCCUUCUUGAAAAUGAUCACUAAAUCAUCCCGAAUAAAUACGGCAUUGGCUGUUAAUGGUUUGACACCACUGCUUAUUGCAAGACUUGACCAUCAAGAUGCCAUAGCUCGCCUUAAUCUGCUCAGGUUAAUAAAGGCUGUUUACGAACACCACCCACGGCCAAAGCAACUCAUAGUUGAGAAUGAUCUGCCUCAGAAGCUUCAGAACCUCAUUGAGGAACGCAGAGAUGGACAGCGGUCGGGAGGUCAAGUCUUAGUGAAACAGAUGGCCACUGCACUGCUUAAAGCACUUCAUAUCAACACAGUUCUUUAAAUUCAGGUCUCAUGACUUCUUCUUCCUCCUUGUAUAUUUUAUUCGUCGGAAGAAAUGUAAUUACAUUUUUCUGUGUUGUUUAGUUUCUUAUUAAUUUCUCCUAAUGUGGAGGAUGCUUGAUUUGGCAGUGCCUUCUUUUAGCUGGGAUGCCAGGUCCCCACAUCCUUAUGUAUCCUUACCCUUUUACUUUAACUUUGCUCAGUUUGUUUGUCACACAUGUAUCUUGGAUAUGAAAUCUUUCUUCUCUUGGUCA